AUGGUUUCCGUAGGGGGAGAUCACCACUUCAAGGAAGGAAGUCCAGGGGUGACACCUGAAGGGAACGUCGUGAUGAGCUUCAGUUUUGACAGCUACCAACUGGAAGAAGAAGAGCUUCAGGACAAAACAGGACAGACCAAGGGUGUCCUCACUUUCAUGGAACCAGUCUGUGAAGACCCUGAACCUCAAGAUCGCUAUCACGGAAUUUACUUUGCUAUGCUUCUAGCGGGUGUUGGCUUUCUUUUGCCUUACAACAGCUUUAUCACAGAUGUUGACUACCUUCAUCACAAAUACCCAGGGACCUCUAUCGUGUUUGAUAUGAGCCUAACCUACAUUUUAGUAGCCCUGGUUGCUGUCAUCCUCAACAAUGUCCUGGUAGAAAUGUUGAGUCUUCACACCAGGAUCACUGUGGGAUAUCUCUUUGCUCUGGGUCCCCUUCUCUUUGUGAGCAUCUGUGACGUCUGGCUUGAUCUCUUCUCCCAGCACCAAGCCUACGCUAUCAAUCUCAUGGCGGUAGGCGUGGUGGCCUUUGGGUGCACAGUGCAGCAAUCCAGUUUCUACGGUUACACCGGGAUGUUGCCCAAGCGCUAUACUCAGGGAGUGAUGACAGGCGAAAGCACUGCUGGGGUCAUCAUCUCCUUAAGUCGCAUCUUCACCAAGCUUCUACUGUCUGAUGAGAAGGAGAACACCAUGAUCUUCUUCUGCAUUUCCGUUGCACUGGAACUCACUUGUUUCAUCCUCCACCUCUUGGUGAAACAGACCUACUUCGUCAGGUAUUACACCUCCCGCUCCCAGAACGGGGCCUCUGAGUUUAAAGGGCCCGUGGACAAUGGCACCGGAUACAGAGUCCACCACGAUGUCACAGCAGAAGACAUCCGAUUUGAGAAUCCGCCUCACGGACAAGACGCCUCUCCUCCCCACACCUUUGGGCAGGCGGGUGAACUGGCGGGCAGCGGUACCUACGUUAGAUUUGACGUCCCUCAGCCUCAAAUCAAAAGGAGUUGGCCAAGCUUCAGAGAUCUGAUGCUUCACCGCUAUGUCGUCUCUCGCGUGAUCGGGGCCUACAUGCUGUCCAUCGCUGUGACCUACUUCAUCACCUUGUGUCUGUUCCCUGGAUUAGAAUCGGAAAUCCGGAAUUGUACUUUGGGUGAAUGGCUCCCCAUCCUCGUCAUGGCCAUCUUCAACCUUUCUGAUUUUGUGGGCAAGAUCUUGGCUGCCUUGCCUUAUGACUGGAGGGGAGCCCACCUCCUCCUCUACUCCUGCCUGCGCGUCAUCUUCAUCCCUCUGUUCAUCAUGUGCGUCUACCCCAACGGGAAGCCCACUUUCAGCCACCCAGCUUGGGCAUGCAUCUUUUCGCUCCUGAUGGGCAUCACCAAUGGCUACUUUGGCAGCGUCCCCAUGAUCUUGGCUGCCGGCAAAGUGAGCCCCGAGCAGCGGGAAUUAGCAGGUAACACCAUGACUGUAUCCUACAUGACAGGGCUGACCCUGGGCUCUGUUGUAGCCUACUCUGCCUACAGCCUCACCAGCAUUUCUCCAAGUUCCUGUGUCUACCCAGAGAACUACAAUGCCUCCAUCCCAGAUGGGAACUGACCAGACCAGAAAUGGAGUACUGAUGUCGAGGCAUACCAGGCAAGAAAGGGAGGGAGCCUGUGACUCGAUGCCCCCUGCAGGCACAGCCCUGGAGCUUUCAGGAUCAGCAUGGAAAAUCCAAGCCACAUCCUUACCCAUGACCAUGUGUAUGACACCCAUACUCAUACUCACAUGGGUAUGAUCCAUGUGGCUACUUUCCUGUGCAGGUUGUGUUGUUCCUGUUUGCUCAACCAAGUUUGAGCAGGAAGGCUUUCUCCCGUGGACUGCUUCGUGUCCUAUACAGUUAUCCGUAGUAGCAAUCGAGUCCACCGGUCAGAGUACCAUCUUGCCCAUGUCGUCAUGACAGAGGCUCCCUUUGCUGUCUCUUGCUUAGUUUUUUAGGCAGCUGCUUAGUCAACAGUUGAAGACACAUUGUCUCCCACGAUGAUGAUGUCAAUUCCUGGUCUUUGUGACAGCCUGAUGGGCUGUGGAGUGGCUUUUGCACAUGGCACUGUGUUUUUAGGGUGCAAAAGAGGGCGAGGUAAAAAGCCAUUGGCUCAGAAGCUUCGUUUCCUUUCAUGGAACUCCCCUGAAAUUUUGGGGAGGUUUGAGGAGGUGAGAGGCAUAUUUCAAAGGCUUGUGAAUAAAGCAUUCUUUCUGCUGGAGCUACACCAACAUAAACCUCCAUACCAAGUUCCAUCAUAUCCCAGAGUUGUUAGAUUAAAAUCAAAAUUACAAAUGAGGAUUCUUAUUUUCCGCAGGGACAGGACACAAAAGCUGGUAUGAGUGGCUUUUCCUGCAAUGCACCCUUCUAACAUUUAAAAUACAAUCUCUUAUUUGAUUGCUCUUCCAUUAAGAAAAGAUAACUCCCUGCAUAGAGAAAGAUAGCAUGCAGGAGAGGAUUCUAAUUUUCUCCCUGACCACUUCGUUUUUUGUCUGUGAUAGUGGGACAUUCAGAUAUGAGAUUCCACAUCUAUCUCCUAAAAUCUGUAGAAGUUGUAAAAAAAAAAAAAAAAAAGGCAACAGAUAUGUUGUGUUGGCUUGCUAAGAAGAGCCACGCUGUAUGAAACCAAAGACCAGAAGGAAUGUUGAAGAUUUUUUUCUCUUAUCCCUUGUUUGCUUCCACUUCUACGUUGUCCACUUAACUGUGGAUAAGUAGAAUUCUUCUGCUGCAUCAUCACGGACAACAGGGUGUUCGUUUUACAUUUCUUUAGUCCGGUUGAAAGUAUUUUUUAAGUUGGGUCGUCUCUACUACCACCACCAUUCCAACAAAAUCAGCUUGCCCCAAGCCAAGAUCCAUGAAGCAUAGGUCUCUUCAAGCCACAGAUGGAUCCUGUUGCUUUGUAUCUCUCCUGACUAUAUAUCCCACCCAGCUCCAGAUGUAUUUGUAUAAGAGUCACUUAUACAGUGAGA